GAAAAAAAAAGCUUGUGAAGGGUACCAAACUCAGACACUAGGUAGGUGAAACCAAUACCAUGGAUGAAUCAUUUUACCCGAGAAUGGUCAGACGUGUAGGAGAGUCACAGAGUCUUAGAAUCAAUACUUCCGUGCCACAAUAUUCUUCGCAGGCGACAAGUAGCUCAGCACCGGAAUGUCGAUAUCCCAAACCAGACUCCCCAGACGCCUCAAUCGAAUUUGGUCUUGGAGAUGUCAGACACACAGGGCCAAGAUCGCCAAUCAAUAAUCGUCUCCCAAAAUCUUUUUGGUUUCACAAUCAACAACACACGAGACGAAUAGUUGUCAUGAAGAGGAGAGUCAUGCGGAGAAUCCCCAGUUCAAUCAGAACUACCAUGAUGGCUUUCCGGGGACGGAGUUCAACUAAGAUCAGACAAAUGAUAGUAUCUGAACCCUUCCACGCCGCAAAGAUUGUUGAUGGUCAACCAGUGCAGAUGGUCAGAUAUCAUGAAUUGCCGGUGACUCAUAGAAUGCCAUGCCUUCCACUCAGCUCGAAUCCGGUCAAAAUAUGUGAGCUCGAGUCACCAAGUCCAAAAUCACAAUCCUCAUUGUAUCUUCAAAAGAGUUUGCCCCCAUGCCUCACUAUCAAAAUUCCUAAAUUGACAGCGACUACUGUAGAAGGUAGGAAAGUCGAUCCUUUGAUCCAACCGCACUGUUCAGUUAGAACACCUCCUGUGUUUACUAAUGAAGCACAAGCAACCCUGAACGAGACGCGGGCUUGGAAAAUCUACGCAGAUAAGACACACAAGGCCUACAUCAGGCUCAGUAAUGCAUUCCAAGAUACCGAAAACAAGAACCGACAACUUGAAGAUGAGAUUAAACAACUCAAAGACAAGAAUGAACAUCUUGAAAAAGAGGUUCAAAAGUUCCGAGCGGCCCGUGCCGCUCCGAAUCAACAAAAGGCCUUUGCAGACCACUUCAAGAUGUUGUUCGAGAGAGAGUUGAAGAAGGUUGAGAGUCUUGAGAAGGAACUCCAGAUUGCACUCGAACACUCAGCUGAAGAAUCCAAGAAGGUCGUCACGCUUGAGAAAAAUGUUGAACUCGCAAUUAACCUCGCAGAUGCAUCUACAGCCUUAGCCGAAGCCCUUCAGGCCAAUGUACCAAAGCGAACAACAUCACAAAAAUCAUCGAGAUCGACUGAUAGCUGGAGCCAUUCGGAUGAAGCAAAGUUCCACGCGAUCAAACUUCUUGUUUUAUCUUCAUCGUCGUCACCAUCGUCGUCGCCACCAUCGUCGCCGUCAUCUGCUUCAUCAUCCGAGUCUAAUGAUCGCACAGGUUGGACGACAGCAGCGCAAAUCUUGGCCCACCCUGCACCAGAGGAUCAUUCAGAUCUCGAGAUCUGCGAGGAUAAUCAAUUAGACAGUAGUUUUCCGACUGUUAUUGAGCUCCCGAUCACUUCCGAAUCUCCAACUGAACUCCCAGCCACCCCCGAACCCCCGAUUCAAUCGAUUCCUUCACUCACUCUCAAGAGUGCCCUUCCCAACGUUUGCCGCAUCCCCAUCUCUCCAUCUUUUACCCUUGGCUCAACUACGUCCGCAAGUUUAGAUUGGUGUCCGAGUUUGGCUAGUUGGGAAUGGUGCAGUGUGCCGGAUUUGAGGUUGACGGACUUUGUGAAGGAGGAAAAGAAGAGAAGAAGAUGCUCGGGAAGAGUUUUCGAAGGAACAGAGUUGGCAAGUUUCAGAUUGGGUGAUUGCUCUGGUAGCAGCGCUUGAGAAGACGAGGAAAGAAUAUAAGACCUUUGACAGAGGUUUUGGGUAGAGAGAGAAAAAGGUAGGUUAAGAGAAUUUGGACAAGAAACAAGAUACGGUAAGACAUAUCAGCCCGACACAAGGUAACGAGCCAUGCUUUAUGACUUUAUUUUACGAUUUAUGACAUCUUCGACUCCUUCAACUUAUUCACAAUGUAUGAUUUCUUUUUAUUUGCCUUGAAUAGUUUCUGCUGGUCAGAAACUCACCAGUGUAAAAAUAGAAGCUUUGAAAGAUUACA